AUGAAGAGAAAAAAUGAGACCAUUGUGUCUGAAUUCCUCCUCCUGGGGCUCCCUGUGCCUCCAGAACAUCAGGGCUUAUUCUUCAUCCUCUUUCUGGUUAUGUAUCUGACCACAGUGAUGGGAAACCUGCUCAUCAUUCUGCUCCUCAGAAUAGACACUCGCCUCCACACCCCGAUGUAUUUCUUUCUCAGUGUAUUGGCCUUCACAGAUGUGUCUUUAUCAUCUGUCACUGUCCCCAAAAUGUUGAUAGACAUGAAGAAUAAGCACAAAUCUAUCCCCUAUUCAGGAUGCAUUUCUCAGGUAUUUUUUUUAAUAUUAUUUGGAUGUAUUGAAAAUUUUCUUCUUUCUGUGAUGGCAUAUGACAGGUAUGUGGCCAUCUGUCAGCCACUCCACUAUACCACCAUCAUGAGACAGGACCGAUGUAUCUCAUUAGUAGCUGCAUCCUGGAUGCUCAGUUGUUUCCACUCUCUGUUGCACACGCUCCUCUUGGCCCAAGUCAUGAAGAUAGAGAAUGAGACCACUGUUUCUGAAUUCCUCCUUCUGGGGCUACCCAUAUCACCAGAACAUCGUGUGCUAGUAUUCACCUUCUUCUUGGUCAUGUACCUCAUCACUGUGAUUGGAAAUCUACUCAUCAUCCUACUCAUCAGUAUUGACUCUCGGCUCCACACUCCCAUGUACUUCUUCCUCAGUGUCUUGGCCUUCAAUGAUGUGUCUUUAUCUUCUGUCACUAUGCCCAAAAUGUUGGUGGACAUGCAGAGUAAUCACAAGUCCAUCCCCUAUUCAGGGUGCAUAUCUCAGGUAUACUUUUUAAUAUUUUUUGCUUGUAUAGACAAUUUUCUUCUUGCAGUGAUGGCAUAUGACAGAUAUGUAGCCAUCUGUCAACCUCUCCACUACAACACUAUCAUGAAGCAGGAGCGUUGUGUCUCAUUGGUAGCUUGGUCUUGGUUCUUUAGUUUUUUACAUGCUUUAUUGCAUACCCUCCUCUUGGUUCAAGUGUCCUUUUGUGGUGAUGUUACCAUCCAUCACUUCUUCUGUGAACUCACUGCAGUGUGGGAGAUAAGUUGUUCAGACACUUAUUUCAAUAAACUGGCUGUAUUCAUUGAGGGAGGAAUAAUGAUAGGUAUUCCUUUUAUUUUUAUCCUGGGUUCCUAUAUUCAUAUAUGGGCAAUUGUCCUGAGAAAUCCAUCUGCCAAGAGAUUCUUCAAAGUCCUUUCUACCUGUGGUUCCCAUCUCCUUGUUGUAUCUUUAUUCUAUGGAACCAUUGCAGAAGUGUAUUUAUUCUCUUCGCCCUCCAUCUCCAGUAUCAAAGACAUAGUUGCUUCUGUGAUGUAUAUGAUAGUCACCUCCAUGCUGAACCCUUUCAUCUACACAUGA